AUGCUCCCAAUCAUUGCCAUCGCCUUUAGUUGGACCGGCGACACCUGGGCCGAGCCGCAGGGCCUGCCAGCUGGGCACAACGGCGGCGUCAAGGAGCGGCUCACGACGCCGGCCGGUGGCAGGAGGCCGCACAUCCUGAUGAUUCUCUUUGACGACUACGGGUGGGCCGACGCUGGCUGGCACCGCAACUACACCGCGCCAGGCGGCGAGUUCCUGCCAGCCACGCCCGAGGUGGCUACGCCUCACCUCGACGCGCUCGUGCGAGAGGGCAUAGAGCUCGAUCGGCACUAUGUGUACAAGUACUGCUCGCCCUCCCGUUCGGCGCUGCAGAGCGGACGCAACCCCUACCACGUCAACCCGCUCAACGCUGAGCCUACCAUCUCCAACCCCGACGACCCCGUCUCGGGCUUCCAGGGCAUUCCGCGCAACAUGACGGGCUUAGCCACGAAGCUGGCCGCCGCAGGCUACCGCACGGCAGGGUUCGGCAAGUGGGACGCCGGCAUGGCGACGCCCGACCACACGCCGCACGGGCGCGGCUACCAGACGGCGCUCAACUAUUUUCACCACUGCAACGACUACUGGAGCUUCACCGACGGCGGCUGCCCGGUGCCUUACAGCGGCGGCGAUAAGGUAGGUCCGCCCGCAGAGUGCGCCGCCGGCCCGCUGGGCGACCCGUGGUGGGGCGGGUAUGAGGACUCGCUCUUCGAGAAGCACGCGCUGGCGCUCGUCGAGGGGCACGACGCGGCGGUGCCGCUCUUCCUCUUCUUUGCGCCGCACAUCGUCCACACGCCGCUGCAGGUGCCGCAGGAGUACGCCGACCGCUUCGCCUUCAUCGCGCCGACCGACAAGCCGCGGCACCAGCGGCAGGUCUACCACGCGAUGGCCUCGCUGCCGCCGAUCGACUCGCACGACCUGAGCGCAUUCCUGCUCGGCAAGACGCUCGCCUCCCCGCGGGCGGAGCUCCCCAUCGGCACCGAGCCUCGCCUGUCCAACCUCUCCAGCGCGCCGCUGUGCGCCUCGUACAACCGCGCCACGCCCUACUACGACGAGCCGAGCGUGGUCGGCGACGAGCCGAAGCCGCUGCCCGACUCGCCGCCGCCCGGCUCGCGCUGCACCACCGUCUCGGCGCUCAUCGUCGACGAGGGCAAGGGCGGCCUGUGGAAGCUGCUCACCGGCACGGUCGAGCAGGCCAUGUACACGGGCCCGGCCUACCCAAACUCCACCACGGACGAGGUCUCGAGCCACUUCGUGAGCCACUGCGGGGACGGCUGCCUCUUCGAGCUCCGCGCCGACCCGCUCGAGACCAGCGACCUGGCGAGCCGCCACCCGCAGAGGCUCGCGCGCCUCCGCGCGAAGCUGGAGGCGUACGAGGCGACCGCCUUCAACCCCGACCGCGGGGGCAACACCGCCGCCGCAUGCGAGCACGCGCAGGGGGUGUACCGAGGCUUCUGGGGCCCUGACGAAAAAGCAGGCGUGUGCCGUAAAGCUAAAGGCUAA